AUGUCGGAAACUUCCAAACAUAGUAAAUUAGAUGUAAUUAGAAGUAUUAUCAAAAAGAAGGGGAAUGAGAUUCGUCACAACACUAAGAGAGAUCACUUCUCAUGUUUAUUAUGUAUUAAAUUCAGUUCUCUAGCAUUUAUAAAUGAUACAAACUCUAAGGAUGAUAUUAAUGACUCUGUGUAUAUCGUAGAUUUACUAGAAGCAUAUUUAAAUUAUUCAAUUUACUGCUUGUUAAAUUACAUAAAGAACAAAUAUUGCAAUUGUAAGAGUAGUGAAGAAAGUAUAAUUGUGUAUUCUACAUUUGAUAUUUACAAAUUUGGGAUUGAUAUUCAGAAGAUAAAUUAUAGGAAUUUCUGUAAUGGAUUAGACGUGAGGAAUUUAGGAAGCAAUAUAGAGUCACUCCUUGGAAUACAUGUCAGUUUGUGCAGUAAUCAGUGUUUAAAUAAAUUGUUAUCCUUAAAGUUUUUGGAAAUUAUUAUUCAGAAGUUAUAUCAUAAAUUUGGUGAACAUAAAAUAAAAGCUAAUUCAAUUGAAAGUGGACAUCCUUCAUUUACACCUCUGGGAAAUCCUGAGCACUACACUCAGAAUAAGUUAUGUAUACCAUUAGAGCCAUUUCCGCUUGUUUAUAAUACAGAUCAUAUAGUAGAUAUUUUGGAAAAUCAGAAUUUCCAAUACAAUAGCAACUAUAAAAUAAGUAAUGGAGUUUUUGCAUGUAUAAGAGUCUCUGAAGUUAGUAAAGCAUUAUAUAUUGAUCCAAUAAUAGAUAUUGUUGAUAAAGCAUGUCUUGAACUUGGUCUUAAUACAUAUCCAAAGGAUAGAAUAAUUCAUAGUUCUCUUGUGUAUAUUAAGGCAGAUGACUUAGAUAUAAUGAAGGAUAAUAUAUUAGGUAAUAUUACUUAUAGAAAUGUUUCUUUUGAAGAGUUUCUAAGCCAAUCUGAAUAUUCGAGUAAAUUGCCACUAGCUAAGAAACCAUUAUCUAUAUGGGUUGACAAAUUAUAUUUUAGGCUUGGAAUUAAAGAGUAUACAUUACAUUUUAAAUAUUAA